CGUGCACUUUGUACAUCUCACCCUAGUUUCCGUGCUCCAGAUCUGAUCUAUACCGAUACGGGCGUCCGAGACGGGCUAUAGUAUGUAUGGUGUGCCCACCGACCGUCGUGCCACUUGGCCCUGAGUUGCUCCGCAAAUAUGCAGUUAACAUGCACGCCAAUUCGGAGGAAAUAAACGUACUAGAAAAGCUCAAUAUACCGCUCGUAUCCACUCAUGACAUUACUAGACUCAAAACACAGAGGCAUCAUGUUCCCCAAGGCCCCCUCCACGGAAAUCGACUGGACCAAACUCAGUCUCAAAGGUCUCGAUCAAACGUCUCAUGUCGAGUCGCACUAUAGUGUAGAGACCGGCCAGUGGUCUGCCCCGGAAGUGGUAGCGUCGCCGUAUCUCAAGGUCCACGGCCUGUCGCCAGCGUUGAACUACGGACAGCAAUGCUACGAAGGACUGAAAGCCUGCCGCACCGAAGAUAAUCGGAUCCUCCUCUUUCGCCCCGAUCGGCACGCCCACCGCAUGCUGCAUUCGACCAGUACCGUCUCCAUACCCAACAUCCCCGAAGACCACUUCCUCGCCUGCGUCAAUCUCGUCGUCGCGGCCAAUUCCGCCUACGUCCCGCCGCACGACAGCAAUGCCCUGUUAUACAUCCGCCCACUCGCGUUCGGCUCGGGUCCGCAACUCGCCCUUACCUCGCCCAGCGAGUUCACCUUUGCGGUCUUCACCCUCCCCGGCUCGGCUUACCACGGAGUGACCGCGCAGAAUGCCCUCGUCUGCGAGGAUUUUGACCGCACCGCUCCGCUCGGCGUUGGAAGUGCCAAGGUCGGCGGCAACUAUGCCCCUGCCAUGAAGUACACGGACCGCGCGUAUCGCGAUGGCUUCCCCUUGCUUCUGCAUCUAGAUAGUCUGACGCACACGGAGAUUGACGAGUUUUCGACUUCGGGCUUCCUCGGCGUCAAGCAUGGGGAGAAACAGCAUACGCUGAUUGUGCCCCAGAGUCGGAAUGUGCUUCCUAGUGUCACCGCAGAUAGUUGUGUGCAAAUGGCCGAGCGGUUUGGCUGGAAGGUUGAGAAACGAGCUGUCAAAUUUGACGAAGUCCGGUUCUUCGACGAGGUCAUGGCGGUGGGAACUGCGACACUGUUGCUGCCCAUCAAGUCCAUUACAUACACGUCGAAAGACGAGAAGAUCACUUUCAACAACGAGAGUUCGCAAGGUGGUCCCUGUUGUGAGGCCCUCCGGAACGCAAUUGAUGACAUUCUCCGAGGUCGAGCGGAGGGACCCGAGGGCUGGAGUGUUCCUGUGAGAGAGGUUUUGAUUUAGAUAUGAACACGUUUUAAAAUGCCACUCUGGGGACAAUCGCGACAUCAUAUAGUGAUCAAUAUGACGUUUUAC